AUGGAAAAACUUUGGGUCCUGCUGCUGCUCACCUUUGUCUUGGCAGAGACUUUUGCUAAUCCAAGAGGACUUAUCACCAAUCUGGACAAUGGGGAGCUAUGUUUGCAAAGCGUCCAGUGCAAAAGCAGAUGCUGUCACAAAAACAGUUUGUUAGGAUUGGCCCGUUGCAUGGACAAGGCAGCUGAAAACCAGGAAUGUUCCAGGAAGCACCUUUAUGGAUUUUAUUACAGGUGUCCCUGUGAAGGUGGCUUAAAUUGUGAUGCCAGUUGGACAAUUGGAGGGGUUAUCACCAACACGGAUUAUGGCAUCUGCCGGGACCCAAAGGACAGCAAUGCCAGAAAAGAAAAAAAUUAAAUACACGAAUACUUUUCUUGAUUCCUUUUACCAAUUAUGCAGCUGUUAUCACUCCUAUGGCAAAAUCAUUCCAGUACAGUUUUCCGAAUAAAACCAGGCAUCAUU